CCCCGCCCCCGCCCCUUAGCCCCCCCGAGUGGAGAAAGCGCAGCAUCGCCCAGGAUGACUUCAGAUGGCCUUGUGGCUGAAUAAGACAACGAGAGCUGAGAUCAGUUGGGGUUAGAUUUUCAUGAUGCACGAAGCAAGGGACAGGCAGAAAUUUGUCAGUGAUGCUCAAUAUCUGCGGGAUAUGCAGCACAAGGUGGACUCCGAGUACCAGGCUUGCCUGAGAAGACAGGAGAAGAAACGAGAUCAAUUUUGUAGGCAAGAGUCAAGUUUUGAGAGACCCCGACCUUCAAGUAUAUCAUCUUCCAGACAGAACUCAGUUGAAGAGGAUUUGGGACCUGAACAAAGGUUAACAAACAAGGCUUCUAUAACAAAAUCUGAAUCAAAGCUUCCAGCCAUAGACCAAACAUCAGUCAAGCAGAAACAGAAAGUUACCACAUGUUCAAAGAAACCCGAGAAAAACGUGGGUGGCCCCAGCAAACCAUCUCCACCAGCACAGGCACAGAUAUUAUCAAGGAAGAAGAGGCCAAACCUGGGGAGAUUGACAGUAAGCCCAGAAAUGCAGAGUAGAAGACCAUCUGGAGAUAGAAACAGGCAUUCAUCGCUGCAGGGAAAAGAGCAGACUCCCAGAGGAUCAGAUUCAGUAGUGCAACAAGAUGUGUGGUCAAAUGAUACUAAGAUGAAGAGGCAAACUCGAGAGAGAAGAAACUUAGCUCCAUCUUCCCAACUAAAUGCAGAUCAAAAAACAGUUGAAAAAGUCUCCAAAGAUUGGACUGUUCUUUCCCCAGCUCAGCCAUCUUUACCCCUAUCUCCAUCUUUCCAAGGAGCAAAUGGUUCCCAGUCAUUGGGUGAAUCCAGUGUACCAUCCCUUACAUCCACUAACACAGUACAACCAAGAAGGGCGUCAGUUAGGUUCAGAGAUGAAGACUUUUACUCCUUUUUAGAAUUAAACACAGUUAACACCAUAGGAGGAAAUGAAGCCACUGAGGAUAUUACUCAUUUAGAAGAAGAAUUUCUACUUGCUGGUAUACAACCUCCAUGUUCUCCUUUUAAUAACAAGAAUAUUGGAUUUAGCAGGAUAUCAGGAACUCAGGUUGAAAACCAGAACUCUGAAGAGGACCCUGAAAAUAGCAGACCUAGUUCAUUAAAAAGAAAUGAAUCUGGUCAUCGCUUAUUAAGAAAAAGCAAUUUGAUUGAUUCAGCUCUUGAGCAGUCCUUAUUAGGACAAAGGCUGCCGCGGGAUCAUAAAAUUCCUGACGGAGAUUCCACUAAGGAAAAUGAUUGUGUUGAUGACGAAGGUGAGAAAACCUCAUUUAAUUCAUGGGGUGUGAAAGGUGAAAACAGACAAGACAGUUGUCUUAAUGUAGAGACUUUACCCAAUGAUUGUAGUUUUGUGGAAACUAGGCCUGGGAACCAUACUUAUAAUAGAGACAGGCAAUCCUAUGGAAACAACAAUAGGAAUUCUUUUGAUUGCUUUCCUCCUAAUAGGUCAGCAUCUCAUAGACCAUUACUGAAUUCAUCUUAUAACACCCCAAGAGCAUUACUCCAUUCUGCACAGCGAGCUGAGGUCCAAACAAACUUAUCCUUGACCCCUGUUGCCCUUCAGGGCUCAGAUGCAGAGGGAAACUCAAGGUUUAAUGUUCGCCGACCUUUGUCACCUAUUAGAAGUCGAAAUCCAUCUGCCACUUCUGACAACCAAGAUAAUAAUUCAUCACCAACACCCAAUGCAACUGAAUUUUAUGUCAAGGAAAUAGAAGAGAAGAACUUGACAAGUCAACCACCUGAGACUCUACUAAACACUGAAGAUGUCUUAGAAAAUUCACCAGAUGGCUCGUCCUCAGUGGAUCCUCCUAGCUCUCCUCCAUUAAGAAUGAACUUCAGAGGCCAUUUGCAUAUGCCAGAGCCAAUGCAAGAGGAAAUACCUUUUACUUUCUUUGCAGUGUCUGAUUUACCAAACCAGAUUGAAGCUGGAAAUAGAGUGGAAGCUUCCAACUCUAUAAAUGCAAAGGAGAGUCAUCAGACAAAGGCAGACCCCGACAAACUGAAGAAACUGCAAGAGAGUCUUCUGGAGGAGGAUUCCGAGGAGGAGGGAGAUUUGUGCCGCAUCUGUCAGAUAGCUGGGGGUUCCCCGACCAACCCGCUGUUGGAGCCCUGUGGCUGCGUGGGAAGCCUGCAGUUUGUUCACCAGGAGUGCCUGAAAAAGUGGCUGAAAGUGAAGAUUACAUCAGGUGCUGAACUAGGGGCAGUGAAGACCUGUGAAAUGUGUAAGCAGGGCCUGAUAGUUGACCUGGAUGAUUUUAAUGUGAAUGACUACUACAGAAAGCAUCAACAGUCUCGGGCACAAAAUGAGCUAAUGAACUCGGGUCUGUACCUAGUCCUUCUGCUUCACCUUUAUGAACAGAGAUUUGCUGAACUCAUGAGACUAAACUAUAACCGAGCAGCAAGAGAGAGGUUGUCAAGAAAUUACCCACAACCCAGACCGGAAGAAAGUGAAAAUUCGGACUCAGGAGACGGUCAUGAAAACAGUGUAUUCCAAACCAACGGCCGGUUCAUCUAAUGAGGAGGGUGGUCGUGGAGCUCCGUGGGGGUCCCCUCCACCCAGCUACCUUCUCUAUGCUCCGCAUGUGUGC